GGUAAAUAGCCUUGAAGUUUCCUUGCAUGACCUGUAAUUUACAAGAGUUGGCGACAGGGGGCAGUGUCUAGGUGCGUGUAGUGAAAUGCGCAUGCGUCACACGAGCGUGUGAGACGUGCUAAGUGCAGUGAGAGAGGAUACGCACUCGUACGGGAAUUUGAAAGCAUUUUAGAGCAUCCCGUGGUAAAUAAAGUGUUUAUUUUGCAAUAUACCUAACAUUAAACAUUUCUGAAUGUGUACUGUGUAGUUCAUUUGUUAAAAACGUAUAAUGUAAGGUGGGUUAUGUCGUGGUAAAUGUCCGUGUAUAUAUGACGUCAUACCAUGUGCUGUAAAUCUGUUCCGUUUGUGUUUAGCAACAAUAUACAUUUCAGUUUACGAAUAUUUUAUUGAAUAUAUUUAUCAUUUGUUUGUUUAAAAGACAGAGUAUACAAGGAUAUAUGUAGGCUGAAUUUCAACCGUGCAACGUCACUGCCUUUAUGUGGUGAUUGAUUGAGGAGGUCAUCAUUAUUAUCCCCACUGCCGUAUUUUUGACGUUUUCUUUUUGACAUUUAAAAAUGUAAUAUCGUACAGCUGGGCUUGUCGUAUUUUUGUGUUUCUUAAACUUGUAUAAGACAGGUUGUGCUUUUCUUUCAUUGGUAAAACCCCGUUUUUGUGGGUCAAGAAACUAUGUUUUUUUGUAUUGUUUUAUCUGUCCAGAGCUGUGUGUUCUAAAUACACGUUUCUGAAAGAUCCUUUCAUUUACAACGUAUAAUUGAAUAAACCACAAAAGCAAAUUGAACUUGUUAUAUGUGUUCCGAGUGGUAAAUCUAAAUCCCUGGUCACAUAUUUUGGUACCAGGAGUGGGGUGGUUUAUUCAGUCUGAUUCGUUUUCGACAAGCGCUAGGGGUUAAACAAAAUACGGCAGUGGUGAAUAGUUUUGCAGAGACGGACUACGUUCAGAACGCAGGAAAUCGUAGUUGCAGACAAGGCGGUCAGCGUGGGACUGAUCCCGUGGUCAGUGUGUCGGACGUGACAGAAGAGACUACAAAGAGGACUGUUUCUAUUGGAGCCACUUUGGCUGGUGACGUGUAGCUCCGAGGAUUCCACUGUUAAAUCCUAGGACUAAAGGCUUUACAACAACGUGUCUGAGGUACUGAAGUGGAUCGAGAGAGUUAGAUGGACUUUCUCCCAUGGACAUUGAUCCCGAACUGAGUUAGUGUUCAGUGAUUGUAAUUUGAUCUAUUUGUGUAAAGAUGUCAGAUCAUGAUGAAGAAUCUGUGAGGGGGGGGGAUGUCCCUCUUGGAGCUGUGGGAAACGAAGUUAUGGAGCAAAUGAGGGAACAAAUUCAAGAGUUAAGCGAUUGGCGUGAUCAGACCUUGGUCAACAGGGCUGUCAGUGACGGCAACCCAACUCGUUCCUACAUUUAUGUUCCUCGUGAACGCCAAGUGCAACCCUUUAGCGGAGAGUAUAAUAAAGAUGGGCGGUCAGUAGAUGAAUUUAUUGACGAGGUGGAAAGGGUUCUACGGGCCAGGGAACAGACGCAGGAGGAACAGCUAGACUUUAUCAUUUCACUGUUAAGGGGACCUGCAUUGGAAGAGGUGCGUUUAUGUCUGGGAAACCAGUCCAGGCGGGCCAGUGAUUUGUUUAAUUUCCUGAGGGAGGCGUUUGGGGAACGACGUAGCGGUACGCAAUUGUUGCAAAUGUUUUAUAACCGCAAGCAAUUGGACGGAGAAGAUCUUCGGAAUUUUUCCCACUCUCUCUCCCGCCUUUUGAGCUCUGUUGAAAGGAAAACCCCAGGUGGUUUGGUUAAUGGACAAGAGAUUUUGCGCGAUCAGUUUGUGGAAGGCGUGCGAGAUGCGACGUUAAGGCGAGAGCUGCGUAAAAUAGUCAGAGAAAAACCCUAUACAACAUUGCUCGAGAUUCGUAACGAGGCCAUUCUUUGGUCUAUGGAAGAGAGCCGGCCGACUAGAUGUGUAACUAGUCGACCAGUCCAUUCCGAAGUGCGGCAUGAAACAGUGGGUGUUUCUGUUGAGCCUGCGGAUCAGACAUCUAAUGUGUUAAAGGAUAUCUUACAGGUGAUCUCACGACAGGAAAGGAGAAUAGGCGAGCAAGAGCAGACCAUUUCACAGCUUACUAAUGCAGUAAAAGAGUUGACUGUGCAACGGUCAGCGUCUGUUCCACAGAUGGUUGUACCCUGGUCCAAGUCUCCUCCCAGGUUUACAGAGGAGGGGGAACCCAUCUGUUUCAGAUGCAAUGGGGUUGGGCAUAUUGCUAGGCGUUGCACAGGGAGACGCGGUGGGAAAACGAAUACUGAUGUUCCAACUACAGACGGUCGAGAAAAAUCCAAACCUUCUGUUGCAUUGAGUAGGGCCGCCCAAGGAUCCGUUUCUGGCCCAGGGGGAACUAGUAGAGACAGGUUUUUCGAACGGGCUGUUGGGACCUGCCCAAUGGUUGAUUUGAAAAUAAAGGGGGUGUCUGUGUCCUCCUUGUUAGAUACCGGUAGCCAGGUCAGCACCAUUGCUGAGAGUUUUUUCCGAGAGCAUUCCUUUGUGGACGAGCGCAAUGUGCUGUCUACAUCAAAUUGGUUGAAACUCACAGCGGCCAAUGGGUUAGACAUUCCUUAUGUAGGCUACGUGGAACUAGACGUGGAAGUGAUGGGGAUGAAUCUGCCUGAGUGCGGGUUUUUGAUUGUUAAAGAAACCCCUAGUCCAUCGCCUGUGCCAGUUUUGAUUGGAAUGAACAUCAUUAGCAAGUGCAGGAAUCUCGUUUGGGCUGAGUUUGACACCACGUUGAGGGGAAACCUUGAUUCUAACUGGAGAGUGGCUUUCCAGCAAGCCCAGUCCAUUGAGUUUGUUGAACGAGUGUCGGUUGCUAGAAUCGUAGGUCAGACUCCUGCUCAUGUGCCGGCUUGGUCAGCAGCGACCGUCCUGGUUAAGGGGAGAGAUUGGGACAAAAGAGGUGGUUCCACAUGGUUGAUAGAACCAGCAAACACCCCCUUACCAGAAGGAUUAGUGGUAGUACCUACCCUGGUCCCAGCAGAGUCAGCAGUAUGUCCAGUAAGAGUGCUUAAUCUGUCGAAGGAAGACCUUUGGCUCCAGCCUAGGGCCCGUCUUGGUUUGAUGUCCCCAGUAAACAGUUGUGAUGCAGGUUCGUUCUGCCAAGUUAGAUUCCAACGAAUCUCCGCAGACACUGAGCAGAUUACAGUGGGUACAAAUCCGGAUCUUGAACUUUCAACUAAAUUGGUUUUAGAGCAGGCCAACAUGGGAGGCACCCCUGAAGAACAGAUUCAGUUGAAGACCAUACUAGACAAAUAUUCAAGUGUAUUUGCUGUGAAUGAUGAUGAUCUAGGGUAUACUGAUAAGGUCCAGCAUGAGAUACACCUGACCAAUGACAUACCGGUAAAUCAGCCAUACAGACGUAUUCCGCCAAACCAGUACCAGGAAGUUAGGGAGCAUAUUUCUAAGUUGUUAAAGAAGGGUGUCAUUCAGGAGAGUGUGAGUGCUUAUGCUUCGCCUGUGGUAUUGGUUCGCAAGACUGAUGGUUCAUUGAGAUUGUGCGUAGAUUACCGAAAGCUAAACGCCAAGACGAGUCGUGAUGCAUUUCCGCUUCCUAGAAUUGACGAGAGUUUUGAUGCUCUCACAGGUGCCAGGUAUUUCUCAACAGUGGAUUUGGCAUCAGGCUAUCAUCAGAUUGCCAUGUGUGACAGGGACAGAGCCAAGACAGCGUUCACAACGCCUUUCGGUUUAUUUGAGUAUCGAAGGAUGCCAUUCGGGGUUUGCAAUGGGCCUUCAACUUUUCAGCGGCUCAUGCAGGCUGUUAUGAGCGAUCUGAUUUUCCAGGUAUUGAUUGUGUAUCUGGACGACAUCUUGUUGUUUUCACAGACCUUUGAGGACCACCUGGAGAGAUUAGAGAUGGUGCUGAAACGGUUGUCGGAGACCGGCUUAAAGGUCAAUUUAGGAAAGUGCAGUUUUCUUCAAGACUCUGUGCGUUUCCUUGGGCACCAAGUGGCUGCGGAGGGGAUUUCCCCUGACCCGGACAAAGUCACUGCGGUCAGUAAUUGGAGGACCCCAGAAACCCUUAAGGAGCUAAGGUCAUUUUUGGGCUUUUGCAGCUAUUAUCGGAAAUUCGUUGAGGGCUUUUCGAGAAUAGCUGGGCCAUUACAUGACCUGGUGAAUUAUGGUUUGAGGGAAGGGAGGUGUGCCAAGAGCGGUCGCCACUUUAGUCGUCUGUGGACUGAAGAGUGUGCUAAUGCAUUUGACCAGUUAAAGUGUAAGCUAACAAGGGCACCUGUGCUGGGUUUCGCGGAUUUUACUUGUCCUUUCAUUCUCGAAACUGAUGCGAGUCAGACUGGCUUAGGGGCGAUCCUAUAUCAGAAACAGGGUGAGGAGAAAAGAGUGAUCGCGUACGCAAGUAGGAGGUUGCGCAAUGCAGAGCGUAAUGAUCGGAAUUACAGUAGCAUGAAGCUUGAGCUACUGGCCCUCAAGUGGGCUGUGGUCGAAAAGUUUCGUGGCUACUUACUUGGGUCCUGGUUUGAAGUGAUCACAGAUAAUAAUCCGCUAUGUCACUUACAGACGGCCAAGUUGGGUGCAAUCGAGCAGAGGUGGAUGGCUCAGCUGUCAGUCUUUAAUUUCGAAGUGAAGUAUAGGCCAGGGAAGAGUAACGUUGCAGCUGAUGCUCUGUCCAGGCAGGAGUUUGCAGGGGAGCAUGAGUCCGAUCCUGAUGCUGAUUGGGAUGAGUGUGUAGCGAUUUGCAGCAUGAUGCGUGACAGUACUGCAUUAGACCAGAAUCUUGUCUCGAAGGGGUUGGACUGUUGCAGAUUGAGGCAGAUCCGUGCCUGUGAGGCCAAUGAAGAGGCAGUUACGAUCUCUCAGGGUAAUACCCCUACGUUUCCCAGUUACACUCGGGAGCAGCUGGUUGAGUUUCAGAGAAAUGACCCUGUAUUGCAAGAUUUUAGAAGGUUCUGGGACAGAAAGAAGAGACCUGCUCCCUUAGAAAGGAAAUCUCUCUCCAGGGCUGUUAAGUGUCUGUUGAAGCAGUGGAGCGUGAUUAAAGAAAGGAAUGGGGUGUUGUAUAGGGUGGUGGCUGAUUCCUCUGAGGGGAGCUGCUGGCAACUGUUGCUACCUAAGUGCUUAAGAGAACAAGCGCUGAGUAGUGUACAUGAUGUCCUGGGGCACCAGGGCAUCGAACGGACCAUAGGGUUGUUGAAACAAAGGUGUUUCUGGUCGGGCAUGUACGAAGAUGUAGAGGCUUGGGUAAAGAAGUGUCAGCGUUGUAUCUUAACCAAGAUGCCUCAGCCCAAAGUUCGUGCCCCGGUAAAGGCAUUUUUGGCGUCCCGACCUCUGGAAGUGAUUGCCGUGGACUUUACAGUCUUAGAGCCUGCUUCUGAUGGGCGUGAAAAUGUUUUGGUUGUUACUGAUGUUUUUACGAAGUUCACGCAGGCUUUUCCUACGAAAGACCAAAAGGCCGAUACCACAGCUAAGAUCUUGCUGAAAGAGUGGUUUAUGAAGUACGGAGUUCCAGAGAGGUUGCACUCCGACCAAGGAAGAAAUUUCGAAAGUGAGGUUGUUGCGGAGCUGUGUCGACUCUACGGGGUUAAGAAAACCCGUACCACUCCGUAUAGGCCACAGGGAAAUGCCCAGUGCGAACGGUACAACCGGACACUUCACAACCUGUUACGCAUUUUACCACCAGAAAAGAAGAGGCGUUGGCCAGAGUUUUUGCCGGAGUUGGUCCAUGCCUACAAUGUGACACCACAUUCUACUACCGGGUUUUCCCCGUAUUACCUCUUAUUUGGGGUUCACCCUCAUUUGCCUAUUGACGCAUUGUUGGGUUGUGAGGGAGUUACUGAGAGGAGGCAUGACUGGUUGUCUGUCCAUCAGGAGAGGUUGAGGUAUGCUCAUGAGAAGGCUAGGGAGUAUUCGGAGGAAAAAGCUCUAGGGAGAGUGACUCGUCUAAAUGAAAACGCUUACUGCCCUCAAGUGAGCCUCGGAGAGCUUGUUUACUUACGUCAGCGGCUUCCAGGCAGGAACAAGAUUCAAGAUGCGUGGAGCCCUGUCGUGUACAGGGUAGUAGAGAUAUUAGGCACCACCUACACGGUUGAGCCUUUAGAGGGAGGUCCCUCAAAACGGGUUCACAGGUCAGAGUUGCGUUCAGGGGCUGUGCCCACUCCUAGGCCUAGGGGUAGGGGGAGGUCUCAACCUGAUACACAGCUUGUAAGCAGAGAGGGUUGUGAGAUUUUUGAGCCUGAUUUUGUUGUGGUAGAGGAGGUCGUGCAACCCUAUGAUAAGGUGGUCGUGGACACUGCAGUUGCCUCAGAGGCAACGGGUACUUCGGAGCUGGAUAGUGAGGGUUCUGAAGAAAAUCAUUUUUCCGAGGGUGUUCAUAGAGACACAGUGACGUUUGAUGAUAUGGGUUUGCCUGCAGAUGUAGCUGAUGAGCUGAGUCAGUCGCAGGAGUUGGAAGCUUCUGAAAUGUGUGACCCAGUUAGUAGGAAAGUACCGGUUCCAGCGUUGCGUAGAAGUAGGAGAACAACUGCUGGUGCUCACACAAAUCCUUUUCACGCACCCCGGUCUGCUUGCCAUGCGGUGAGUGUCAGCACAGAUAUGGUAUCCCAGAUGCUAGCCAGUAUUGGUACCGCAUUGUUUGAAAAGGCGUUACAGGGCGCCAUGAGUGCUGGAACCCAUGAUUGAAUUAGUCAUCGAGGACGCUGACUUAUUGCAGGGGAGAAUGUAACCGGGUGGUAAAUAGCCUUGAAGUUUCCUUGCAUGACCUGUAAUUUACAAGAGUUGGCGACAGGGGGCAGUGUCUAGGUGCGUGUAGUGAAAUGCGCAUGCGUCACACGAGCGUGUGAGACGUGCUAAGUGCAGUGAGAGAGGAUACGCACUCGUACGGGAAUUUGAAAGCAUUUUAGAGCAUCCCGUGGUAAAUAAAGUGUUUAUUUUGCAAUAUACCUAACAUUAAACAUUUCUGAAUGUGUACUGUGUAGUUCAUUUGUUAAAAACGUAUAAUGUAAGGUGGGUUAUGUCGUGGUAAAUGUCCGUGUAUAUAUGACGUCAUACCAUGUGCUGUAAAUCUGUUCCGUUUGUGUUUAGCAACAAUAUACAUUUCAGUUUACGAAUAUUUUAUUGAAUAUAUUUAUCAUUUGUUUGUUUAAAAGACAGAGUAUACAAGGAUAUAUGUAGGCUGAAUUUCAACCGUGCAACGUCACUGCCUUUAUGUGGUGAUUGAUUGAGGAGGUCAUCAUUAUGUGAGUGUUUUGCUUUGUUUACAUCAUAAUGUGUCUAAGUUGUACAUGGGUAUAAAAUAAUGUACUUAUUUUGUUGUUUUCUUUGUACAGUAUCCCCACUGCCGUAUUUUUGACGUUUUCUUUUUGACAUUUAAAAAUGUAAUAUCGUGCAGCUGGGCUUGUCGUAUUUUUGUGUUUCUUAAACUUGUAUAAGACAGGUUGUGCUUUUCUUUCAUUGGUAAAACCCCGUUUUUGUGGGUCAAGAAACUAUGUUUUUUUGUAUUGUUUUAUCUGUCCAGAGCUGUGUGUUCUAAAUACACGUUUCUGAAAGAUCCUUUCAUUUACAACGUAUAAUUGAAUAAACCACAAAAGCAAAUUGAACUUGU